GAGCAGCGUUUUACAGCAGUGGCCUGGCAUCUAUGGGAUGUGCAAAGAUGUCACAAUUAUGGCUUUUGAGUUGGCUAACAAUAAUAACUGGACUACAGUCAACGCAACAAACAGAAAUGAUGACACCGACAAUGAUACCAGUGUUUUUGGAGACACAAACGAAGAUGAUCGUUAGCAAUGCUGCAGGUGCUGCUCAUAAUGGACAGAUCUGCAGUACUUGGGGAAACUUCCACUUCCAUACAUUUGAUGGUAAUUUCUUCCAGCUGCCCUACACCUGUAACUACAUACUUGCCACCAUGUGUGACAGCACCCUCGCUGAUUUUAACAUCCAAAUGAGGAGGGAAUACACUGAUGGCCUUGCUAAAAUGAGCUCUUUUACCAUAAAGCUGGAAGGGAUCGUAAUUAUGCUUUACCAAGGCAACCUUACCAUCAACAAUGAAGUAUUGAUCAUCCCAGGCUAUCAUUAUGGAAUUCGGAUUGAGAAAGUGACCAAUUACAUUAAAAUCAGCUCCAAGUUAGGACUGACAGUGUUUUGGGAUCAAGACAACUCUCUCUCGAUUGAGAUGUCCACAACCUAUGUGAAUAAAACAUGUGGACUCUGCGGGGACUUCAAUGGCAUCCUGCAGAAUGAGUUCAUUGAAAAUGGUCAAACAUUAACUGCAGAAGAAUUUGGCCGUAAAUGGAAGAUGGAUGAACCCACUGAACCAUGUGAGCAGACUCAGCUUAGUCCCCAGAAACACUGCCGGAAAAUGAAACACAAAUGCAAAGAACUACUUUACCACCCUGCAUUCAAAAGCUGUCAUAACUUGUUGCCCACAAAGGUGUAUUUGAAAGCUUGUCUUGUUGACCUGUGUCAGUGCAACAGCAGUCAGCAUAUGUGCAUAUGCAACACAAUAUCCGAGUUCUCACGUCAGUGUGCACAUGCUGGGGGAAAACCAGGAGACUGGAGAUCCAGCGAGUUCUGUGAAAUAAAUUGUCCAUUAAGCAUGGUGCACAGUGAGUGUGGGAGUCCAUGUACAGACACCUGUUCUAACCAGGAGGCGACCCAACUCUGUGCAGAUCACUGUGUGGAUGGAUGUGUCUGUCCAUCUGGAACUGUGCAAGAUGACAUUGGAAAUACUGGUUGCAUCUCUGUUGAUGAAUGCCCUUGCACCCACAAUGGCAAAACCUAUCAACCAGGGGAAUCGUUUACAAGGACUUGUCAACAAUGUGUCUGUUCAAGUGGGCAAUGGAAUUGCCAUACUCUGAAUUGCACUAGCACCUGCUCUUUGCUGGGAGGGUCUCACAUCAUCACGUAUGAUGGCAAAGCUUACAGCUUCCAUGGAAACUGUGAUUAUCUUCUUUCCAAGGAUAGCAUUAAUGAUGUGAAAGUGCUGGUGCAUCUAGCACAGUGUGGCAUGACAGAAAGUGAAACAUGUCUGACUUCUGUGAAGUUCAUCGUCUCAAAAUACUCUGUUACUAUCACAUCCACUGGCAAUGUAUUUCUAAAUGAUGUUACAACCAUGCUUCCAAUUUUUACUGUGGACAUGUCAAUCUUCAAGCUUUCCACAUUCUUUAUUAUUGCUGAGACACCUAGUCUUAAGAUAGUCAUUCAGCUGGUUCCAGUUAUGCAGGUGUACUUGGAAGCCAAGUCAGAACAAAAGGAAACACUGAGUGGUCUGUGUGGGAAUUUCAAUGGCAAACAGGGAGAUGAUUUUAAGACAGAAUCAGGUCUCAUAGAGGGGACAGCCACAACAUUCGCCAGCACAUGGAAGACCACGCUAUGUCAAGAUUAUAGUAUUAGUCUCUUUAACCCCUGUAGUAUGAGUGUGAAAAAAGAGAUAUAUGCCAAGAAAUGGUGUGAGAUGCUCAGUAAUCCAGCAGGACCUUUUUCUGCCUGUCAUUUUGAAGUCAACCCAAAGGAUUACGUAGAAAGAUGCAUGUAUGAUACAUGUAUCUGUGCCCAAAGUGAGGAGUGCAUGUGUGCUGCUGUGUCUUCCUAUGUCUAUGCAUGUGCUACCAGAGGUGUAAUGCUAGAAGGCUGGAGAGAUCACAUGUGUGACACAUUCACAAAGAAUUGUCCAAGCAAUAUGGAGUACUCCUAUAAUCAGACCAGCUGUAGGAAGACCUGCCGCUCUCUUAGUGAAAACGACCAUACCUGCUCGUUGUCCCAUACGCCUGUGGAUGGUUGUGGCUGUCCCAAGAACACCUACCUCAAUGAUGUGGGUGAAUGUGUGCCUGCCUCCGACUGCCCCUGUUACUUCGACAGUGAGGUUUUAGCCCCCAUGCAGGUCAUCAGCAAGGCUGGAACUACAUGCACUUGCAGAGGUGGCACAGUACACUGCACUGGAUCUAAUCCUGUUACUACCUGCUUAGCUCCUAAGGUCUACUUUAACUGUUCGGAUGCUGAACCUGGACAAAAAGGAAUAGAGUGCCAGAAUAGCUGCCAGACCCUGGAGUCAAAUCACUGUACAAGCACACAGUGUAAAUCAGGGUGUGUAUGUCCUGAUGGUCUACUGGCUGAUGGGCAAGGAGGGUGUGUGAAAGAAGAACAAUGUCCAUGUGAUCAUAAUGGAGUGUCUUACCAACCUGGAAAGACAGUAAUGGCAGACUGCAACAGCUGCACUUGUCAAAACAGAAAGUGGACCUGCACGGAGAAGAUAUGUCCCAAAACUUGUACUAUUUAUGGUGACAGUCAUUACAUUAGUUUUGAUGGGAUGAGAUAUACAUUCAAUGGCAACUGUGAAUACACCCUGGCCCAGGACUACUGUGGCAACAGCCAAGGUUCAUUCCGUAUCAUCACUGAGAAUAUCCCCUGUGGCACCACUGGAACCACCUGCUCCAAAUCUAUUAAAAUCUUUUUAGGGAACAAAAUGCUGCUACUGUCAGAGAAGGCUAUCACAUCUGUACAUUAUGAUAAUGGCACAGAGAUCCCUUAUAAAAUACAUUCACUGGGGAUAUACUUAGUUAUUGAGGCUAACAAUAAUAUUGUCCUAUUAUGGGAUAAGAAGACAAGUCUAAGGAUCAAACUUGGGCCCUCAUUUCAGGGCAAAGUGUGUGGACUUUGUGGCAAUUAUGAUGGAGACUGGAAUAAUGAUUUUAUGACUCGUGGUGGUGAGCAAGUGGCUGAGUCAGCUGAAUUUGGAAACAGCUGGAGAGUUUCUGCUACAUGUCCUGAAGCCAGUAGUAUCCUCAGCCCCUGCAAUAUGAGACCUUAUCGGCAGGCCUGGGCCAUAAAACAAUGCAGCAUUCUCAAGAGUCAUGUCUUCAGCACAUGUCACUCAGUAGUUGACCCAACUCAAUAUUAUGAUGCCUGUGUGCAAGACACAUGUGCCUGUGAUGCUGGUGGAGAUUGUGAGUGUUUCUGCACUGCUGUGGCAGCCUAUGCUGCAGCAUGCAGUGAGCAAGGAGUCUGCAUUUCGUGGAGGAACCCGACCAUUUGUCCAUUGUUCUGUGACUACUAUAACACACAUGAAGGCUGUGAGUGGCACUACAAACCCUGUGGACCGCCCUGCAUGAAAACCUGCAAAAACCCCAAAGGAGUCUGCAACAGUAAAAUCCCCCCAUUAGAAGGCUGUUUUCAUCAGUGCCCUUCAGACAGGCCAUACCUGCAUGAGUCAACAAUGAAAUGUGUUCCAGAUUGCUACUGUAAGCAUGAAGGAAAGAUAUAUGAAAUUGGAGAAAUACUAUACAACACAACAGAUGGAGAUAGAAUAUGCAUGACUAUAUGUGGGCAAAAUGGAACAAUUGUCAGUAAUAUGAGCUUAUGCAUUACUUCUACUACCACUGUUUCAACAACAAUUUCUUCUACAGCACCGACCACCACAGUAACUACUGUAAGUCCCCCAACCACAACAGAAACAUUUUCUACAACAGCAGGAACAUCAACCUCAACCACAGAAACAUCAACAACAAAGCCGACCACUACAUUAACUACUGUAACUCCCACAAUCACAACAGAAAGUAUAACAACAAUAACAAGCACAGUUAUCAACACAGAAACAACCACAGAAACAUCCACUUCUUCAACAACAAAACCGACCACCACAGUAACUACUGUAAGUCCCACAACUACAACAUUUUCUACAACAACAGCAGGAACAUCAACCUCAACCACAGAAACAUCCACUUCAACAACAUUUUCUACAACAACGUCAGGAACAUCAACCUCAACAACACCUAUUUGCCAGUAUUGCUAUUGGUCAGUGUGGUUCAACAACAACAAUCCGGGUUAUGCGCAAGAUGGAAAUGACACUGAAUCUAUACACAAACUUUGGGAAUCAAAUAAAAUUAGCUGUAAGGAACCGGAAAAUAUUGAGUGCAGGGCCACACAAUAUAAAGACCAGCCUUUAUCAAACUUGGGUCAGAAGGUGACAUGUAAUGUUACUGUUGGUCUGAUUUGUAAUAACAUAGACCAAGAAGGGAUUUGUUUUGAUUAUGAGAUACGGGUGAAAUGCUGUGAUGCAAUAUGCCCACCAAGCACAACCACAGCAACAACACCGACCACUACAGUAACUACUGUAACUCCCACAACAUUUUCUACAACAACAGCAGGAACAUCAACCUCAACCACAGAAACAUCCACUUCUUCAACAACAAAACCGACCACCACAGUAACUACUGUAAGUCCCACAACCACAACAUUUUCUACAACAACAGCAGGAACAUCAACCUCAACCACAGAAACAUCCACUUCAACAACAUUUUCUACAACAACGUCAGGAACAUCAACCUCAACAACACCUGUUUGCCAGUAUUGCUAUUGGUCAGUGUGGUUCAACAACAACAAUCCGGGUUAUGCGCAAGAUGGAAAUGACACUGAAUCUAUACACAAACUUUGGGAAUCAAAUAAAAUUAGCUGUAAGGAACCGGAAAAUAUUGAGUGCAGGGCCACACAAUAUAAAGACCAGCCUUUAUCAAACUUGGGUCAGAAGGUGACAUGUAAUGUUACUGUUGGUCUGAUUUGUAAUAACAUAGACCAAGAAGGGAUUUGUUUUGAUUAUGAGAUACGGGUGAAAUGCUGUGAUGCAAUAUGCCCACCAAGCACAACCACAGCAACAACACCGACCACUACAGUAACUACUGUAACUCCCACAACAUUUUCUACAACAACAGCAGGAACAUCAACCUCAACCACAGAAACAUCCACUUCUUCAACAACAAAACCGACCACCACAGUAACUACUGUAAGUCCCACAACCACAACAUUUUCUACAACAACAGCAGGAACAUCAACCUCAACCACAGAAACAUCCACUUCUUCAACAACAAAACCGACCACCACAGUAACUACUGUAAGUCCCACAACCACAACAUUUUCUACAACAACAGCAGGAACAUCAACCUCAACCACAGAAACAUCCACUUCAACAACAUUUUCUACAACAACGUCAGGAACAUCAACCUCAACAACACCUGUUUGCCAGUAUUGCUAUUGGUCAGUGUGGUUCAACAACAACAAUCCGGGUUAUGCGCAAGAUGGAAAUGACACUGAAUCUAUACACAAACUUUGGGAAUCAAAUAAAAUUAGCUGUAAGGAACCGGAAAAUAUUGAGUGCAGGGCCACACAAUAUAAAGACCAGCCUUUAUCAAACUUGGGUCAGAAGGUGACAUGUAAUGUUACUGUUGGUCUGAUUUGUAAUAACAUAGACCAAGAAGGGAUUUGUUUUGAUUAUGAGAUACGGGUGAAAUGCUGUGAUGCAAUAUGCCCACCAAGCACAACCACAGCAACAACACCGACCACUACAGUAACUACUGUAACUCCCACAACAUUUUCUACAACAACAGCAGGAACAUCAACCUCAACCACAGAAACAUCCACUUCUUCAACAACAAAACCGACCACCACAGUAACUACUGUAAGUCCCACAACCACAACAUUUUCUACAACAACAGCAGGAACAUCAACCUCAACCACAGAAACAUCCACUUCUUCAACAACAAAACCGACCACCACAGUAACUACUGUAACUCCCACAACAUUUUCUACAACAACAGCAGGAACAUCAACCUCAACCACAGAAACAUCCACUUCUUCAACAACAAAACCGACCACCACAGUAACUUCAUCAACCACACCGACUACGAGCACUACUCCUACACCAACCACGAGCACUACUCCUACACCAACCACGAGCACUACACCAACCACGAGCACUACACCAACCACGAGCACUACUCCAACCACGAGCACUACUCCAACCACGAGCACUACUCCAACCACGAGCACUACACCAACCACGAGCACUACACCAACCACGAGCACUACACCAACCACGAGCACUACACCAACCACGAGCACUACACCAACCACGAGCACUACUCCAACCACGAGCACUACUCCAACCACGAGCACUACACCAACCACGAGCACUACACCAACCACGAGCACUACACCAACCACGAGCACUACUCCAACCACGAGCACUACACCAACCACGAGCACUACACCAACCACGAGCACUACUCCAACCACGAGCACUACUCCAACCACGAGCACUACACCAACCACGAGCACUACACCAACCACGAGCACUACUCCAACCACGAGCACUACUCCAACCACGAGCACUACACCAACCACGAGCACUACACCAACCACGAGCACUACACCAACCACGAGCACUACUCCAACCACGAGCACUACUCCAACCACGAGCACUACACCAACCACGAGCACUACACCAACCACGAGCACUACUCCAACCACGAGCACUACACCAACCACGAGCACUACUCCAACCACGAGCACUACUCCAACCACGAGCACUACUCCAACCACGAGCACUACUCCAACCACGAGCACUACACCAACCACGAGCACUACACCAACCACGAGCACUACACCAACCACGAGCACUACUCCAACCACGAGCACUACUCCAACCACGAGCACUACUCCAACCACGAGCACUACUCCAACCACGAGCACUACACCAACCACGAGCACUACACCAACCACGAGCACUACACCAACCACGAGCACUACUCCAACCACGAGCACUACACCAACCACGAGCACUACUCCAACCACGAGCACUACACCAACCACGAGCACUACACCAACCACGAGCACUACACCAACCACGAGCACUACUCCAACCACGAGCACUACACCAACCACGAGCACUACACCAACCACGAGCACUACUCCAACCACGAGCACUACACCAACCACGAGCACUACACCAACCACGAGCACUACACCAACCACGAGCACUACUCCAACCACGAGCACUACACCAACCACGAGCACUACACCAACCACGAGCACUACACCAACCACGAGCACUACUCCAACCACGAGCACUACUCCAACCACGAGCACUACUCCAACCACGAGCACUACACCAACCACGAGCACUACACCAACCACGAGCACUACACCAACCACGAGCACUACACCAACCACGAGCACUACUCCAACCACGAGCACUACACCAACCACGAGCACUACACCAACCACGAGCACUACUCCAACCACGAGCACUACUCCAACCACGAGCACUACUCCAGCCACGAGCACUACUCCAACCACGAGCACUACUCCUACACCAACCACGAGCACUCCAACUUCAGAACCACCUCCUGAGAAUUGCAUACACCUAAAUCCACCAAGAAAGGAUGGAGAACGCUGGAAGGAAAAUUGUUUUGAAAAAACAUGCAAGAAUGGCUCUAUUAUCUCAAAAUAUGUGCAAUGUGUCAACUCAAAUCUUCCUAUGCCAGUAUGUGAAAAUGGUCUCUCUCCUGUUAAAGUCUAUGAAGAUAAGACUGGAUGUUGCUAUCAUUAUGAAUGUCAAUGCAAAUGUUCUGGUUGGGGAGAUCCACAUUAUACCACUUUUGAUGGGAAGUAUUAUACUUUCCAAGGAAACUGCACAUAUGUUUUGGUCCAGGAGAUCGUCCAGAAGUACAAGUUCUCUGUCCACAUCAAGAACUAUAUAUGCGACACUGUUCAUAAAUUGGCUUGUCCUGAGUAUUUGACUAUAUACUAUAAAUCAUAUAAAAUCGAUUUAAAACAGACAAGAAACCCAACUGUGAAUGAAGUAUUUGUCAACAAUGUAAAGAAGACCACAGUUUACUCAAAUGCAGACUUCUCCAUAACCACGACGGGUAUUGCGAUGACUGUAGACAUUCCUGCUAUCCAAUCUAAAGUUACCUUCAAAGGCUUGUACUUCAGCAUCACCCUGCCAUAUUCCCUAUUCUACAGUAACACAGAAGGACAGUGUGGCAAAUGCGACAACAACAAAUCAAAUGACUGCAUACUGCCUAAUGGAAAAGAAAUCCAGUCAUGUGAGGAAAUGGCUAAUGAGUGGCAAGUGAAUAAUACAAAUUGCCACAAACCUCCACCAAUUACCCCACCCAUAACCACAUGUGAUCCUGGCAUCUGCAAAAUCAUCUUCAACAAAGCAUUUGAAAAAUGCCACAAAGUCCUUGACCCAGAAAACUACUUCAAGGCAUGUAAUUAUGAUGUGUGCAAUAUGGAGAAUGCAACUGGUUGUUCCAGCCUGGAGACUUACGCUGAAAUGUGUGCUGACCAAUCUAUAUGUGUGGACUGGAGGGGCUUAACUCAUGGACUGUGCGCACCCGACUGUCCCAAACAUAAAGUUUACAUGCCAUGUGGGCCGAAAGUGGAAUCCACCUGCAAUUCAAAGUACAAUGAAAAGUUUGUAAAUUGUGAGUCGCAUGUUUGUCAUGAUCAAUUCCAAGAAGGAUGCUUCUGCCCUAAUGGCACCACCCUCUUUGACACUGCUUCAGAUAUAUGCACAGAGUUCUGUGGUUGUAUAGGUUCUGAUGGACUGCCCAAACAGCCGGGAGAUAAAUGGCGCUCACAAUGUAAAGAGUGUACAUGUAGUAAAGAAUCCAUGGGUCCACUGUGUGAACCAGUUUCAUGUCCAAGCCCAGAGGUCUGUACCAAAACAGGCUAUGAGCUUCAGACUGUGGACUGCUGUCAGAAGUGUGUGUGCAAUUACAGCUUGUGCCCCAGAGCCAUGGCAAAGUGCCCAGUUGGAUUUGAGCUAGUACAAAACAGCACAUAUAUUGACUGUUGCGCAGCUUUCUAUUGCGCUCCCAAGCAUGUGUGUCUCGUCGGUAAAAAUGAGUACUUGCCUGGUGAUAAAGUUCCAACCAACUCCUGUGAAGUCUGUGUUUGUGGUUCAACUGUGAACUCCAGCACGAACCUUCUUAAUACAGAAUGCACUUCUAUGCACUGCAACACAACCUGCUCUAUGGGCUUUUCCUAUGAAGAUAUGCCAGAGCACUGCUGUGGAAAGUGUGUACAACAAAAGUGUAUAUAUGACAAUGCAGAUCCACCCAAUAACAUAACCACAGUUGAGGUUGGACAGAGCUGGACUCCUCCAAACGAUCAGUGUGUGACUUUCAAUUGCACGAAAGUCAACAACGUGUUCAUCUUGGUGAAGAUACCCCCUUCGUGUCCUGAGUAUAAUCCAGAAGAGUGCAUUUCUGGCACAGAGAAAACCACUUCAGAUGGAUGUUGCAAAACAUGUCAGCAGCAUACCUGCCGUGUGUUAAAGAACAGCACCUACUUGAAGGUUAAUGACUGUACCUCCAUCCAGCCUGUAGAGGUAGCCUCCUGCUCUGGAUCCUGCGAGACCAGUUCAAUAUAUUCAAUGGCUGCGAACACCAUGACGCACCACUGCUCCUGUUGUCAGGAGCUCCGAACCAGCAGCAAGGAAGUGCCACUCCGUUGUGCCGACCAUAGCGUGAAACAAUACACCUACACUUAUGUAGAAGAGUGUGGAUGCCAUAUCACAGAGUGCAAAGACUCAAAUUCCUUGAAAUAAGAUUAAUUUUCAAUAUUAAGUCAAUGAUUCAUUAAAAUGAGCCUGCUAAGCCAGAUAUUCACCUAUGUGUGCAAAUAAUAUAAUCAAAUUUACUGAAGCUCAUAUGAAGACAAAAUGAUAUUUACUAUGUCUUAAUAACUCAAACAAAAAAUUUCCUCUGACUUGUGAUUCUAAAACACUUCAUACCACUUCAUAUCAUUACAGCUUACAGAAUCUAAAUAGAACAUGAUGUAUUAAAGGAUAUAAUGAAUUAAUUCCUUUGUGUAAUGCUAGAAAUAUGUUUCAUGACAAAUACAUUGUAUGAUUUCGUUUGCAUGAGAACAGAAUUUUGUGUUUUGGUAUCAAGUUGAACAUAUAUAGGAUAUAAACACUUUCCUUUCCUUCAUGCUUUGUCUUUCUCCGGUGUUGAAGGUUAUACUAAUAUAUAUAUAUUCUUUCUUUGAUAUAAUU